AUGGCUGUAUCCGCGGCCUCGUCACCUUACGCUUCGGUUAUAGAGAAAUAUCGCCCUGACCUCGGCCCGUACGAGGACCUCUACAAAUACUGCCAUGCCAAUGGUGAACUCUCGACUCAGGAAAGCGAGACUGCGGCGCUGAUCACUUCGCAUCUCAAAAAGCUCCCUGGUGCGGGUGAUCUCGACAUCCGCACCGGCAUAGGGGGUCAUGGCCAAAUUGCUAUUCUCAAGAACGGCGACGGCAAGACGAUUCUCCUGCGGGCCGACAUCGAUGCCCUUCCUGUGCAAGAAAAGACAGGUCUCCCUUAUGCGAGCACGAAGACUAUGAUGGACACCGAUGGCCUGGUCAAGCCCGUCAUGCAUGCCUGCGGGCAUGACUUCCACAUUACGUCCAUGCUUGCUGCGGCUGAGACACUGCUUGCUUCGCGUGCGCACUGGUCCGGCACAAUCGUCUUCCUCUUUCAGCCCGCCGAGGAGCGCGGUUCCGGGGCACAAGCCAUGGUAGACGACGGGCUGUAUGACAAGUCCAAACAUGGCUGCCCGAUCCCAGAAGUGGUGCUGGGCCAGCACGUCUUCCCACAGCGGGCGGGGACCACGGCUACCAAGAUAGGCAGCCUCAUGAGCGCGGCAGACAGCUUCAAGAUCACCAUCUUCGGCAGCGGCGGGCACGGAAGCAUGCCUCACAUGACGAUCGACCCCGUCGUCAUUGCCAGCCACGUCGUCGUGAGGCUUCAGACCAUCGUGUCCCGGGAGGUGCCCCCGGACGAGAUUGCGGUCGUCACCGUGGGUGCGUUGCAGGCGGGCAGCACCGAGAAUGUGAUCAGCGACGAGGCCGUGAUCAAAAUCAAUAUACGCACCGUGACGGCAGAGUGGAGGGACCGCAUCCUCGCGAGCGUCAAACGCAUCCUCGAGGCCGAGUGCGUCGCGGGCCGGUGUCCGCAGCCACCGACGAUCGAGCCGACCAGCCGCUUCCCCCUCACGAUCAACGAUGAGGCUGCUACCAAGACCGUAAAUGCAGCGCUGACGGGUUAUUUUGGGGACAAGCACGACCCAAAGGCGAAGAACGUGCUCGGCAGCGAGGAUUUCGGCAUCCUGGGGACCAGCGUGCAGCGACCGUAUUGCUUUUGGUUCUUCGGCGGGCAUGAUCCAAGGUAUGUUGAUGCCAUGACCGAAGACGGGAAGACACAUCAAGUGCCUGUCAACCACAGUCCGUUCUUUGCGCCCGUCAUUCAGCCGACAUUGCGCACAGGCGUGGAUGCCAUGGUUGUUGCGGCGCUGAGUUUCGUUGGGAAAUAA